AGCUUUCUAACUAAAAAUUAAAACGCAUAAACUUUGUAAACAAAUCCAUCGAAAAUAUUUUUUGCUCACGAUUUCAUUUACAAUCAUCAAAUUGGCAGCAUGGCAAGCAAAAUGAGCAGCUCCGAGGAAGUCUCCUGGGUUACCUGGUUCUGCGGACUUCGCGGCAAUGAGUUCUUUUGCGAGGUCGAUGAGGAUUACAUACAGGACAAGUUCAAUUUAACUGGUUUAAAUGAGCAGGUGCCCAACUAUCGUCAAGCCUUGGACAUGAUAUUAGAUCUGGAACCGGAGGAUGAACUUGAAGAUAAUCCAUUGCAAUCGGAUAUGACCGAACAAGCAGCUGAAAUGUUAUAUGGGCUCAUACACGCUAGAUAUAUAUUAACAAAUCGUGGCAUCGCUCAAAUGAUUGAGAAAUAUCAAACUGGCGAUUUUGGACAUUGCCCACGUGUCUAUUGUGAGAGUCAGCCCAUGUUGCCUUUGGGACUGUCGGAUAUACCCGGCGAGGCAAUGGUGAAAACCUAUUGUCCCAAGUGCAUUGAUGUUUAUACACCAAAAUCGUCGCGUCAUCAUCACACUGAUGGCGCCUAUUUUGGCACUGGUUUUCCACACAUGCUCUUCAUGGUGCAUCCCGAGUAUCGCCCAAAGCGUCCUACUAAUCAAUUUGUUCCACGUCUGUACGGCUUUAAAAUUCACAGCUUAGCUUAUCAAAUUCAGCUGCAGGCAGCAGCCAAUUUCAAAAUGCCACUACGAGCGAAACGGGAGACAUAGUUACAACGGAAGAGAACCGACAGCUACAGACCCUAACUACGAAGGUUUUGAGCGCCAGAAGGAAAAAUCAUUUAUACAAAAUAAAAGUUAAAAAAAAAGAAAAAAAAAAUGCGUUUAUAUAUAUAUAAAAAAAAAAAUAAUAAUAAUAAAACAAACAACAAAAAUAUAUAUAUAUAUAUAAUAAACUAAAUUCGUAGUGAAGUGAAAAAAGUAGUAGAAAAUGUAUUUAAAGAACAACAAUUUCAAUGAAAAGGAACAAAAAUUAUAAUAAUAUGACAGUUAUAUGAUAGAGUACGGAAAAGGAAUUCUUAAAGGAACACCCACACCAUCACAGACACAUACACACGCACAGUACCCAUUUGGCCAUACAAAAAUUGAUCGAUAUUGAUAUCGAUAUCAAACAUGUCGCAUUCACACAAAAGCUCAUGAGAACGAACAUAACGAAUUUUUGUCGUUGACACAAUCAAAAAUGUGCAUAUAUAUGUAUAUAUAUACGUGUGUAUAUGCAUACAUGUAUGUAUAUAUAUAUAUAUAUAUAUAUAUAUAUAUUAUUUAUGUUAGCAUUUAGUAAUAUAAGUAAUCGAAGAAAUGCAACGACAGAAGGCAGCAAAACAAACAUCAGCACACACACAUUACCUAGAGGGAUUUUUAUCAUUAAAUUAUUAUGCGCUUGUGUUUUGCUGUUCGUAUGUUUCUCUUUGUUUUGCACACACGCACACACACACACACACAGAUUCAUAUAUGUACUCUAAACACGCGUAUUCACAAACACACGAACAGUCGUUUUUAACUUAGUAUGUAUUAGUAAAUAAUUAUGUUAAAAAAAAAAAAAAAAAAAAAAAAAAAAAAAAAAACAACCAGAUAUAUACAUAAAUAACUUGUCUUUAGUUUUUAGCCUUUUUAUAAUACCAUAUAUAUAUUAUAUAUAUAUGUUUCAUACACAUGUACUUUGCAUUUGUUUUACUUUCCUUUGUUUGUUUGUUUUUUUUUUUUUUUUUUCUUCAUAUAUGUAUUUACAUCUGCUUUUACAUAACGCACGUAAUUUAUAUUGUACAACAGGACACAAUAGGUGGCAACACUAGACCAAAACAACACAGUUAGAUAAUAGAUUGAAAAAAAAAAAGAA